UCAAUGAGAGCAGCUCUGGCAGCGUGUACCUCCCCACACUUCUCUCUAUAGGCAGAUUUCCCAAGCAUGCCAAAGAAGAUAAAAGGCACUUAACCCAUCUAAUAGAAAGUGACUGUGUGCAGCAGCAGCAGCAACAGCAGCAGCACCCAAUUCUGCAGGAUAAAUUAGCAGCUCCUGAGUGUGCACAAGGCAGCAGGCAAAGGGGAAGGACAUUAACAGAGGCAGUUUGGUCAACCUUCUCCACGCUCUGGGCUCUUGUCUGUUCAACUGCACAAAUGGCAUCAGUUUUGGCGAGCAGCAGGAAUUCUGGGUGUCCAAGUAGUCAACUCAAAUUCAAGUCCAAAAGAAGAAGGAGGAGAUCAAAGAGAAAAGAAAAAAUAAGCAUGCUGUCAACGCUGAUCGUACCCUUCAAAUAUAUAAGUCCUGGUGGAACAAGUGCGGAUGAUGAAGACAGUUUAAGUACAAGCAGCACAGAAGUAAAGGAAAACCGAAAUAUAGGGAACAGAGACGAUCACACUUUGUCAUUAAGUGACAGACCAAAGGUAGGACCACCCAGAAUGAAAAGGAAAAGACCUUUGGAGGAAGGAAAUGGAGGACAUUUCUGUAAGCUGCAAAUCAUCCUGAAGAAACUUUCAUGGUCUGUAACUCCCAAAAAUGCCCUUGUCCAGCUCCAUGAGUUAAAACCAGAUUUGCAGUAUAGAUUUGUUUCUCAGACUGGUCCUGUUCAUGCUCCAGUAUUUUCUGUGGCUGUGGAAGUAAACGGACUCACAUUUGAGGGAACUGGGCCUACAAAAAAGAAAGCAAAGAUGAGGGCAGCGGAGCUGGCUUUAAAAUCAUUUGUGCAGUUCCCAAAUGCUUGCCAGGCUCAUUUUGCAAUGGGAAACUGUAUGAGCCCAUCAACUGACUUUACAUCUGACCAGGCAGAUUUUCCAGACACGCUGUUCAAGGAAUUUGAACCGUCUACACACAGAGAACAUUUCUCAGGCUAUAGCCCAGUUAAUAAUGAACUGCUUUCUAGCGCAUAUCGGCAUGGGAGAUUAAUCUGCCAUACAUUGGAUUUAAUGGGCCAUGCUAAGCAAAACAAGCACAAGAUGGCAUCCCCAGCUGAGAGAGAGAAGAACCCAGUGGUGAUGCUAAAUGAACUGCGACCUGGGCUGAGGUAUGUCUGCCUCUCAGAGACUGUGGAGAAACAGCACAUCAAGCGUUUUGUGAUGGCAAUGAGAGUUGAUGGGAGAACAUUUGAAGGUUCAGGACGUAGCAAGAAACUGGCAAAGGCCCAAGCAGCCCAGAAUGCACUACAGGACCUGUUUAACAUUCGCCUGACCACUCACAUACCUAACAGAAGUAAAUGUAACCAUUUGCCACAGGAAUUUGCAGAUUGUGUAUAUCAGCUGGUCAUACAGAAGUUCCAAGAACUGACAGAUCAUUUUUCCUCCGUGUGCUCUCGCCACAAGGCUUUGGCAGCCAUUGUGAUGACUAGAGGUCUGGACCUAAGGCAAGCGCAGGUAAUCGCUUUAUCCUCUGGCACCAAAUGCAUUAAUGGAGAAUACCUUAAUGACCAAGGGCUUGUGGUCAAUGACUGCCAUGCAGAGAUCGUAGUACGAAGAGCCUUUCUUCACUUCCUUUACACACAACUGGAGCUCCAUCUAAGCAAACAGAGAACAGACUGGGAACAUUCGAUUUUCAUCCGAUUAAAAGAGGGAGGCUACCGGCUGAGGGAAAAUAUCAUGUUCCAUUUGUAUGUGAGCACAUCACCGUGUGGGGACGCCCGGCUGAACUCGCCAUAUGAAAUCACCUCUGAUCUGAAUUGGUUUAAACAUAUAGUGAGAAAAUUUCGAGGACAUCUACGAACAAAGAUAGAGUCUGGAGAAGGAACCAUACCAGUACGAUCCAGGGUGGCAAACCAAACAUGGGAUGGAGUGUUAUCUGGAGAGCAACUUGUCACAAUGUCAUGCACGGACAAAAUAACAAGGUGGAACAUUCUUGGAUUACAAGGUGCACUCCUUAGCCACUUUAUAGAUCCCAUCUACCUGCACAGCAUCAUUGUUGGAAGCUUGCACCACUCUGGUCACCUCUCAAGAGUAAUGAGCCACCGAAUAGAAGAUCUCGGUCAUUUACCAGCACCUUACCGGCACCAUCAUCCACUGCUCAGCGGGGUAAGUAAUACUGAAGCUCGCCAGCCAGGGAAAUCUCCCAACUUCAGUUUGAACUGGAUAGCGGGCAGCACCGAACUGGAAGUGAUCAAUGCGACAACAGGGACGAAAAGCUGCGGCGGUUCAUCGAGGCUCUGCAAGCACACGUUGUACACCCGAUGGGCAAGGCUUUAUGGGAAGCUGAGCACGAGAAUUUCAAGUCACGAGGAAACCCCGGCAUUGUACAGUGAUGCCAAACUGGCGCAUCCAGUCUACCAAUCAGCCAAGCAGAAAAUGUUUAAAGCCAUUCAGAGAUCCGGACUGGGCACGUGGGUGAAAAAGCCCCCGGAACAGGAUCAGUUUCUAUUAACUCUGUAAAUCCUGCACCUUAUAGACAUUAUCCCCCUCCACUGGAUUCUGCUGGACUGACACAGUUUCUAUUCCUUCUGGGCACAUUUUGUUACUGAUAAACCUCAUUCGAUUAUUUUUGUAAUGCAGAUAAAGACAUGAGAACAAAA